CACAAAGGAACCUGUGUGUGUUCAAACACACCUUCCUGUAUGGAGAUCACAGUGCCACUUGCAUCUACCCAGACAGAAAGAUGAGCAAAACAGGUAAAGAGCUGCUGAUCAUCUUCGAGCAGGAGGCAGAGCAGUGGGCCUCAUACAUGCGCUCCAUCCUGGCCAGAUCUGUUCCGGAGCCGGGCAUCUGUUGCUACAACAUUGCUAUGGUAUCCAGUCGGCGAGACAACUUCUUGGAGCUGAAUGGCUACAAGUGCAAACUGCUCAUCUUGUCGCGGGGUAUGCUGGAAGGCAUGUGCCAGCUUCGCCGCUUCUUCUUAGCACAUGUGCUGAGGCCUGAGGCGUGUGUGGUGGUGCUGCUGUGCGGUGUCGAAAGCCUGGAACCCCUGCUAGAACUCAUUCCUUUCAAGGGUGAAGAAUGCCUUCAAAUCUCAAGUGAACAAGAUGCACAGGAGUACCACUCAGCUGUGCUCGACAUAAUUCGAGGUGGACAGACAUCAGCAGUGGACAUGAGAAUUACUCAGGAACCAAAACUGGACAGAAGGCACUCUGCUGGUGCUGGGUUUGCCAAAUCCUCUCUGCUAGUCCUGCCCUGUCGUGUUCCUUGUGAGAAUCCUGGGGAGGUGUUCCUUCUCCUGCGGCAGGCCAUAACCAGUAACGACUUGGAGGUGGAGUUCAGUGGGAGCAAGCAGAAAGUGAGAGUAAAGCCAGUGAACUGGAAUGAGAGCACUCUUAGUGUGACUGCUGCAGAAUUUCCUGCUGGAAAUGUGGCUGUAACACUCUACUGUGGAGGUGUAAUGAAAGGCAGCACACACCUACACUACUACAACACUAUGGGAGAGAUUUCCCGCCUGCUCAAGCAGGCUGCAGACCCGAUGAACUUCAUGUGUCAGGCUUUUCAGUCGUCCUCCUUAGAGAAGCUGGAUCACAUUCUAGCUACAUGUGUGUUGAAGAAGAUGCCUACCGGAGGUUUCCAAGGACUGCAGAAUGAUCAGACUCUAACUGGAGUAUCCCACUCAGAGGACAUCCCUACUCUCCUGCACUUUGCGGCGCAGUAUGGGCUGAAAGAUCUGGCCAGCGUUCUGCUGCAGUGCCCUGGAGCUCAGCAAGCCAUGAGAAGCACCAACUGUUUUGGACACACACCUCUGGUGCUAGCACAUGCGAAUGGACACUCACAGCUCCACAUCCUCCUGCAGGAAUCACUGGCAAAGAGCAGUGAUGAUGACACGAGUGAUGACACGAGUGUGUAUGAGUUGAUGGGCAGUACUGUGAAUCUGCAGGUUGCUGACAGCCGUGAUCAGCCUCACACAGGGGGAGCCAGAGAUGCUAAAGUGCAGGUGGAGAAAGACAACAAGCUCUAUACACUUGAAGUGAAUAAUGAAGAAUAUGACACCAUCCUGACCUCUAGCAGCUCAAUGGUGAUGGCCAACCGACCCCCUGCACCUGCCCCCAGACCUGAGAGUCUCCCCAAAAAGGAGGAGAAUGUACCUUACAUCGCUCAGGUGUUCCAGAAGAAAAUGUCCCAGGGAGACACUGAAACUCUCUACUCUUUUCCUGCCAAGCAAACCAGCGGUCAAGACUCAUGCACAUACGACACCUUUAUGCCAGCGCCGGGACUGGAUGAGCUCAUUAAACUGCAGGAGCAGGUGAAGAAAGGAUCACUCAGCGUGGAUGAGGCCCUGGAGAGAUUCAGUGACUGGCAGAGGGUUCAGAGAGGAUUAGAUGGCAUCCAACAGGAAAAACUGCGGCAGUUGCGGGCAAGCAUCAUGAAUAACAGAGAAGAUGACGACAGCGUCUAUGAUAAAAUCAACAUCGUCCAUCACACGCCACCUGCAACUACAAAAGAAUGCAGAAGAGGAAGCCAGCAAGCAGAGGCGAAUUUCUACAGCAAACCCGUCAAAGGACAGCAUUCAAAUUUCUUUCGGAAAGCAGAUAAGCGAUAAAAA